AUGGCCAAAGAAGUUACCAGCCAGGAUAUGGACUCCGAAGAAGAGCUUGAAGAACGCACCUUAUUACUUGUGGUUGCAGCAGUUAUAGAAAACGUUAAGGGUCGCAUAUGUAAGGAACCUUGUAGAACUUCUAUACUUACGGGACAUCAACACAUGCAAGAGAUUUUGCACGGACAUCCCCGUAGAUGUUAUGAGCAGUAUCGCAUGGAGAAGUUUGUUUUCUUAAGGUUGACUCACAUUUUAAGAGAAAGAGAACUUUUACGUGACGGUCGAUGGGUCACCAUAGAAGAGCAGUUGGCGAUUUUCCUUCUCACGAUUGGACAUAAUGAAGAUAAUAGAAUGUUACAAGAAAGAUUUCAACAUUCCGGUGAAACUAUAAGUAGAUACUUCAAUGAAGUAUUGAGAGCCAUCAUGGAACUUUCCAAGGAACUUAUAAAACCUCCUUCUUUUUCUGAGACUCCAGCUGAAAUACUCAACAACUCUAAAUAUUUCCCAUGGUUCAAGGAUUGUAUUGGCGCUAUAGACGGAACACAUAUUAAAGUGAUUGUACCACUAGCCCAACAAACACCAUACUUCGAUAGGAAAGGAAAUAUAUCACAAAACGUGAUGGCAAUAUGUUCGUUUGAUUUGAAAUUCACAUAUAUCUACGCUGGAUGGGAAGGAUCGGCAAAUGAUUCAAGAAUUUUAUGGGAAGCUUUGAGUAAUAGAAGUUUGAUGUUUCCUCAUGCCCCUGAAGGAAAGUAUUAUGUUGUUGAUGCUGGAUAUCCAAACAUGCCUGGUUUUCUUGCUCCAUAUCGGGGAGUUCGUUAUCACUUACAUGACCGUAGAAGAGGAAGCAAUGGAAGGUUCAUUGCAAAGGAGUUGUUUAAUUUUGGGCAUUCUUCAUUAAGGAAUGCAAUCGAGCGAAGCUUUGGAGUUCUUAAAUCUCGUUUUCCAAUUUUGAGAGAUCCUGCCUCAUUUCCAUACAACACCCAGGUAUAA